AUGCAGGAAUCACAGGAUCCUCAAGCGGAGCUACUCUUGAACAAGAUCUUUGGUAUCGACCGACUAGCACAGGCAGCAACCAAGCCAGCCUGGGAGACGGGACACAUCAUAAACCACACGGGUUACGCUCAAGCGGAUAGAAGAUGCUUUGAGGUAGUGCAUGAUGACGGUUCGGAAUGCUUAUGGAUCUAUACCACCUCGACGACCGGAAUUUCGGGAACGCACAUCGACCACUAUACCUUGCAUUGGCAUCAUGGCCAACGGAUGGCCCGAACCACUUCGCCCACCCCUGCACACACCGAGAUGCUAUCAUAG